AUGGAUAGUAAAUCAUCUACAAAGAUUUAUUCAAUUAUUGAUAACAAAAAUGAGUUAGCAGUAAAUAUUAAAUGUGGUCAUGUAACAAGUUUAAAUUAUAUGAAAGAAUGGAUUAAUAACCAUAAAACAUGUGUGAUUUGUUCAAAUGAAUCAUCGUUAAAUGAUGUAGUAAAAAUUUAUUAUGAUAAUACAAUAAAUGAAAAAUAUUCUAAAUAUUAUAGAGAGAUGUUGGAGAAAUUACAAAGAGAUUGGGAAUAUUUAAAAAUUGAUAAUGAUAUUUGUUCUAGUACAAUUAAAUUGAAUAUAGAUAGACUUGAAUAUGAAGUUGAAUAUAAGAAGAAUAAGAAAUUAAAAAAUUUGUUAUAUCAAAAGAUUGAAGAUGGAUCUGAUUUUAUAGAUCAAAAUGCUAUAGAAGAUUUGAUUCAAUUAGAAAUGAAAACAAAAGAUGAAGAAAUAAAUAUUCUUAAAUUAAAAAUUUUUGAUGCACUAAGUAGUCAAAAGAUAAGUAAAGAAAAAAUUAUUAAUAAAGAAAAAAUUAUUGAAUUAGAGAAUAAAUUGAAAUAUCAAGAGGAGGAAAAAAAUAAAUACGUUUCAAAACUUUGUGUUCUUGAAGAUGAAUAUAAUAAACUAGAAAAAGAAAAUCUUUUGUUAAAAGAUAUGACUUCAAAAAUGGAUUGUAUCGAAAAGUUGGAAAGAAAAUUAAAACAUCAGGAAGAAAGAAUUAUUGCUCUUAAAAAAGAAAAUGAAGUUUUAAAUAAAGAUGAAAAGCAUAGAAAUGAAGCAAUAAGUAAGCUAAAUAAAAAACUUGAAAAAAAAACUUGUGAUUUACAAUCACAAUAUCAGGAAUUAAAGAUGAUUACAGAGUUACUUGAAUAUAAAAUGCAAUCAUUUGAUGAUAUAGAAAGAAAUCUUUAUGAAUUUGAUAAAAAUAUUUGUAAAUUAAUGACAAAAAUUGUUCCAAGUGCAUUAUUAACUGAAGAACCAUUUCUUACAUUUUUUAAUAAACCACAGAAAAUUGGUUCCCCCAUAUGGCAAAUGAUUUCAAAAAAAAUUUUUUCAAAAUAUGGAUCAAUGAUAAAUGAAAUAGGUGAAAACGUGAAAAUUGUCAGAAAUAUUAUUCAAAAUGAUAUAUCAAUACCAUGGUCUUUGAUAGAUGACAUAGAAAUAGUUCCAAAAAUAAAUAAAUAA